UUGGGGGCCUGUGGUUCAGUGGCCAUUGGUCCACAGGACACUUAAGCAUCUCGGGCAGAAGCAGCCGCCUCCUCCUCCUCCUCUGCUGCCACAGUAUUCAGCUCGCGGACUGCAGAUGGAUGAGGCUCUCUGUCAUCAGGAGGAGGAGGAGGAGAGCAGAACAACUUUUGGUCAGGAGAGUGCUUCCAGACUGAUGGGCGGUUAGGUGAUGUGGGGCUGAAGUGAUCAUUGUUUGUGUGGCCAGAAUGGAUUAUCGAUAAGAGCCAAAAAGGAGCGCGUUCUUGCCAUUAAUUAUUUAUAUAUUCCUGUAAAGCGGCGGGGAUGCGAGAGAGACGCCACAGCGGCGAGGAUCGGCCGCUCUGAGCCGGAGGAGUCAGCGGCAGAUGAUGCCCCAGUGUGAGAGCGCUUCCCGGGGAGACGAAGGAGAGGACGAGGGAGGAUGAAGAAGCGGGGAGAGAGCUCGAGAGCGGCAGAGGUGGAAUAUAAUGAAGUUGAGUGGGAAAGGACUGUGCACCGUCCUCUCCAGCACCCUCCUCUUCGUGUGCGCCCUGAGCGAAGUUGUGGUUGGAUUAAGAUGCGUCUCGCUGGGAUCUACGGUGAAGGCGCAUUUCCACCUUGGCACCGCGGCCGGGGCUUUUUACUCUGGGCUACUUGUGGGAGUCGGGCAGGUGCUGCUGGGCUCUGCACUGGUCUGUUGCGUGGACAGACCCGGCUGCAGGAAUUUCUUUCUCCUUGGUGUUGUGGUCUUCUUGCUGGGAGUCCUCACCGCCUUCUCCGGCGCGGUGGUGGACGGGGACACGGCGUCUCUGGUGGAAAGGAAAUAUUCCCAUUACUGCUUCCACUCUGUGUUUGUGAACCCUGCCUGCGAGCAGCUGAGGGAGUACCAGCGCAGUCUGGUCAUCUCCACGGUCCUCAGCACGCUGGAGUGUCUGCUCGGGCUCAUCAACCUGCUGACCAUCAAAAGGUACAAGGCAGCGCAGUUUUCUAGGAGCAGACAGUGUCAGAGGCAGAGGCAGAUCCUCUUCAGUGAGGAGCGCGACUGCUCCUCGGCGGAUUUUCAGCCGGUGUCUUACAUCAACCUGGGUGUUUUUAGUGUGUUUGACGAGACAGGUGCAGAAGUGCACUGCGCGGGACACCCGUCUAUCGAGCUGCCCGGGUACGCACCCGCGGACCCGGAGCUCAACCACUGCUUCCCGUUCUCUUUCCCACUCCCCAGUGAACUGCCGCCCGCUUAUGAAGACAUUUUCCCCGCUGAGGCAUGCAACACAUAG